AUGCUAUUCUGUGAAAAUGUCAGAACUGAAGAAAACACGUUGUUCAGGACACAACUCAAUAGUUCGCCCAAUGUACAGGAAUGCGACUUGAAAGUUAAUGUCAAAAUUUGUGGUUCGGUGUUAACAUUGCGGUUAUAUGUAACGCAUAUAUACGAGACAUUAAAUAUAAUAAGUGAGACGAUAUAG